GUAGAAUCCUUACCUUUGCACCGGUCUUGUGAAUUGUGCCUAUAUAAACAGUACCGAAACCUCAAAGAAAGCACACAUCAUUAGAAGUGAAUUUACAAAGAAAUUCAAAAGCAAAGCAAGAAUCAUGAAUUCCAAUAUUUGCAAUUGGAAACAAAAUCAGGUUCUUCCCACAGAGGAAGCAAAGGGGGAUGACACUUACCUCUCAGCUUUGACACUAUGCUUCAGCCGAAUUUUCCCUGCAAUCUUGAACGCUGCUGUUGAUCUGAAUUUGUUUGAUAUCAUAGCCAAGGCAGAGAGUUCAUCUUUGUCAGCCUCGGAAAUUGCUUCUUUGCUGCUUCCAAAUCCACACCCUCAAUUGGCUAAUAGGCUUGAACGCAUAUUGCCUGUGUUGGCAAGUUACUCUCUUCUCAAUUGCUCCAUUCGCACCAAUGAAGAUGGUGUGAGAGAGAGACUCUAUGCUCUCUCACCAAUUGGUCAAUACUUUGCGUGUGACAACGAUGGAGGCUCUUUGGGUCCUCUCUCAAGCUUAUUUCAUCGUGGAUAUUUUCACGUCUUGAAGGAUGUAAAGGAUGCAAUUAUGGACCCUAACAACAACGACCAUUUCCAAAAUGUCCAUGGAAUGCCUCCUUAUCAAUAUAUGAAGACAGACGAAGAACUUAAUAAACUAUUUAACAAAGCGCUAGCUCAAACUGGUCCACCUGCAAUGAAAAUGCUCCUUAAACUAUACAAAGGAUUUGAACAAGUAUCAACACUGGUUGAUGUUGGAGGUGGAGUUGGUGAGACCUUAAAACAGAUUAUCUUUGACUACCCAUCGAUCAAAGGAAUUAAUUUUGAUUUGCCUCAAGUGAUUCAAGAUGCACCACCCCAUCCAGGAAUAGAACAUGUUGAAGGAGAUAUGUUUGAAAGUGUUCCCAAGGGUGAUGCCAUUUUACUUAAGCUUGUAUGUCACAAUUGGUUAGACGAAGACUGUGUAAAGUUUUUAAGGAAUUGCCACAAAGCUUUGCCACAACAUGGGAAGGUGAUUGUUAUAGACUAUAUAAUUCCAGAAGUUCCGGAUUCAAGCAAAAUUUCUAUGCAAACUUGUGUUGCUGAUAGUCUCAUGUUUUUAGUAACAAGUGGAAAGGAAAGAACUGAGAAAGAAUUUGAGAGCUUGUGCAGGAAUUCUGGAUUUUCUGGAUUUCAUGUUGCAUGUAGAGACUCACCGUCGGUUCUAUCAGUGGUGGAAUUUUAUAAAUAAAAUUUAUGCUAUUACUUGUGAAGGAUGAUGACGAGCAUCAUAAAUAAAAUCAGUUCUUGAAGGAUGAUGACGAGCAUCAUAAAUAAAAUCACUUAUCAUAUUUAUGCUAUAUAUCACUUAGAAUUUGGAUAUGUUAGCAAUUUUCAUAAUGUUGAAGGAAGAAUAUUGUACCAAAUCAUAAAAGGAAAUAAUGUCUAAUGAUUCUAAUCUAUGAAGAAUCUAUUUUAUUGAUGAUGA